GGUUUGUUGUUAGUAAACGACUUGAUUCUACUAAUUAUCACAUAUUGGUCCGAGUUGUGUAGAUUUUAGAAAAUAAUAUUGUCAUUGUACAAUCUGUCUUUGGGAAAUGUGCAAUUUUUUAACUUGCGGGUGAAUUAUUUGCAUAAAAACAGUUGUGGAGCCAUUGGCACUGCAAAUAAAAAUGAAGAUUGAUAGACAUCUGAGUACAAAUUUUCGUUAUCUAUUGAAUAUUUACAUUUCCACAUAUUUGUUUGUUUAAAUGUAAAUAGUUGUGUAUGGUGAAAAGUAGUACAAAUCUAAUUCGCCCUUGUUAUUGGUCAAGGAUAAAGUAUUUAUUUAGUUAUUGCUAAAAUUUGUAUGUUACAAAGUGAUUGAAUGCAAAGCGACGAAUAUUGGAACGUAAAUACUGUUUACGGUUUAUUGAAAUUCAAGAUUACAAAGUUAGCAAAUAAGGAUUCCAAAAAUGUGUUGUGAAGCUUGCGGCGUCGGACAGCGCAAAGCCUGGGUUUUCGGCUUUGGCACAUUUUUCGCCGUUAUUGGUCUUGUCAUGCUUAUAUUUUGGAAGGAUAUUGCAGAUAGUAUAAAGCGAAAUAAUUUGGUGUUGAAAGUUGGUUCUGAAGCCUAUAACAAUUGGGUUGAGGCGCCCAUACCAAUUUAUUUGGAAUUCCAUAUGUUCAAUUGGACCAAUCCAGAGGAGAUUAGGAAUCAUAAAGUUAAACCGCAUUUUGUUGAGAUGGGACCAUACGUAUUUCUUGAAAAGCAUUUAAAACAGAAUAUUACAUUUUAUGAAAAUAAUACAGUCUCAUAUUUUGAGAAACGCACCUGGUUCUUCGAUGAGCAGCUCUCAGGUGGUUCUUUGGACGAUAUGCUAACAGCGGCGCAUGUUAUUACAGCUACUGUCGCCGAUGAAAUGCGUCAUCGGAAUAAAUUCAUUAAAAAGGUUGUAAAUUUCAUGCUCAAUCGUGAAGGUGGCGAGUUAUACACAACAAAAACCGUGCGUGAGUGGAUUUUCGAGGGUUACAAGGAUAAACUCAUCGACUUCCUCAAUCUCUUUAAUACCACCAAAAUAAACAUACCGUACAAACGCUUUGGCUGGCUGGUUGAUCGUAAUGGCUCAGCCGAAUAUGAUGGCCUCUUCACAAUACACACUGGCGUUGAUGACAUGGCACAUUUGGGCAGUUUGACGCACUGGAAUCUUAAAAAUGAGACUGGUUUUUAUUCUGCACCCUGUGGUACAGUAAAUGGCACCACCGGCGACCUUUUCCCACCUAAUUUGCACGCUCAACAAGAAAUAACAAUUUUCGCCACAGACGCAUGCCGUUAUAUGAAUUUGGCACCGAAUGGCACUAUUGAAAAAUAUGGGCUAACCGGCUACAAUUGGAUCGGCACCACAGAGACAUUGGAUUCGGGUGAAAAUUUCCCAAAUCAAAAAUGCUUCUGUGAUCCCAGCAUUGACGAAUGUCCGAAAACGGGAGUGGUGGAGUGCAAGAAGUGCCGUAACAAUGCACCAAUAUAUGCCUCGUUCCCACAUUUUCACCUGGCGGAUCCUAGCUAUGUGAAUGCUGUGUCUGGCCUGAAACCGGAUGCGAAUAAACAUAGCUUCAAUUUGGCAAUAGAGCCCAUCACUGGUAUACCGUUGGAAGUGAAUGGUCGUCUACAGAUCAAUAUGAUGAUCCAGCCCGACAAUGAUUUUGAUAUUUAUCGUGAUGUGCCCAAAUUCUUGAUGCCCAUGUUUUGGUUCGAUCAAGUGGCUGUUUUGGAUAAGAAAUUAGCUGACAAAGCGAAGCUGGUAAUCAAUUUGGGUGAUUAUGGCUACUACAUAGGAACUCCGUUGCUUUCAGUUGGCGCCAUAUUCUUUAUAGUUGGUAUUGUUCUAACGGUAACCAAGCGUUGGAAGCGAAUGCCCAAUGAUGAUGAAGAUAUGCUCACAACUUAGACGUCCUGCGCAUAGGAUGUGUGAAUGUAAUUAUUUAAAAAUAUAUAUAUGUAUAACUAGUUAGUUGCUCUGCGAACAUUUAAAAUUAUGUAUGUAGGAUAUUAAUUGUACAAAACCACGUUAACAGUAGCCAAAGUGCCAGCAAUUAUUCUAGUUACGUAACAAAUCUGUGAAUAUUUGCACAUAUACCUAUUUAUAAAUUUAUGUUGUUCCAUUUUAAAGUUAAACAGCUUAGCAGCAUUCAAAUGUGUAUCUCGCCAUAAGGUCUUAAAAUACUGUAACAUAUUGCAAUUAUUUUUGUUUGUACAUAUAUGUACGUAUAUUUUUUUAUUUGAAAUAAAAUUGAAGUUGCGAUACGGUUUAUCUAGGCUUUAAAAACACUA